AUGGAGGAACAAGCAAAGAAUUGGCAAAACAUCGAGAUCAAAAACCUUGACAACAGUAUCUCGGUGCUACAGCAGACAAUCGCAGAAGAACGCAAAAAAAAAUCAAAACACCGUGGCUACAAAAGCAGAAAGAACACCAUAAGCAGACAAGAAGCUGAGGCCGAUGUAAAGAUCGACCUCGAAGCGGUUUUAAACCACCUGUUCACGACCACCACCACACGCGUGGACAUUUCUCUAGACCACACGUUCGCACUCCGCCGCCUUGUGCGGGCCAUUGUGAUGUUCGAGGAGGGCGACAUAGGCAAGGAAGAGAUUACCGAGGAGGUGCAGAGGGCGAUCGCCAUCCUGAGAGGCCAAGCUCCAGAGGACCGGUCUAAUGCUGGGGAUGAGGGUGCACCCGCGACUUCCAAACGGGUCUUGCGUAAGCGUCCCAACAUCAAGUAUGCCGAUGAAAUCGACGAGCUUGAUGAGCUUGUCGGCGGCGUCGUCGACCACGACGACGACGACGACGACGCCGACCACGACGACGGCAACUCUCAAGACAAAUAG